AUGCAUCAUCAACAGCGGAUGGCAGCUUUGGGAACAGACAAGGAACUGAGUGACUUACUGGAUUUCAGCGCGAUGCGAAACAGCGAUUUGAAAAUGUUCCCAACAUCCAUGAUGUUUUCCCCUCCUGUUAGCAGUGGAAAGAACGGCCCGACCUCCCUGGGGAGCGGACAUUUCUCCGGCUCAAAUAUGGAGGAGAGAACGAGUGCAGGGUCAUGGGCGAGUGGAAGUCGCUCUUCCAAGAAUUAUGCAGAUGGAUCUCAGUACAUGGCAUCACAUGACAGCCUCUCACCUCCGUACGCCAACUCCAGGCUAGCAGGGAAAUCAGAGAGGAGUUCAUACUCGUACGGCAGAGAGUCCAACCCACACUGCCACCAGUCGAUACUGGGUGGUGAGAUGGGUAUGGGGAGUCCCGGAGCAGCGUCGCCCACCAAGCCGGCCGGUCAGUACUACCAGCACUACAGCUCCAACCCGCGGAAGAGAACACUGCAUAUGGACUCCAUGGAAAUUCACACAAAAAAAGUGCGGAAGGUCCCUCCUGGCUUGCCGUCCUCAGUGUACGCUCCAUCUGCCAGUACAGCCGACUACAACAGGGACUCACCGGGUUAUCCCUCAUCGAAACCUCCCAGCGCUGGCUUCCCAAGCUCCUUCUUUAUGCCAGAUGGCCACCACAGCGGCGAUCCCUGGAGCAGCAGUAGUAGCAGCAUGAGCCAACAGGGUUACCACGGCAGCAUGCUGGGAGGCGGGAACUCGUCCCACGGCCCUGCCCAGAGCUCCUCCUACUGCGGGAUUCACCCUCACGACAGAUUGAGCUACCCGGCGCACUCGUCCGCAGACAUCAGCUCCAGCCUUCCUCCCAUGUCCAGCUUCCACCGAGGGGGAGGGGGAGGGAGCGGGAGCGGGGGCAAUCACUACAGCACCGCCUCCUGCACCGCUUCCACCAACGGCACAGACAGCGGCAUGGCUAACCGAGCACAGAGCGGAGCAGCCAGCAGCUCUCAGACAGGAGACGCCUUAGGGAAAGCACUCGCAUCGAUCUACUCUCCAGACCACACAAACAACAGCUACUCGUCCAAUCCCUCCACCCCAGUCGGCUCCCCACCCUCCCUCACAGCUGCCAGUUCAGCUGUCUGGUCCAGGAAUGGUGGACAGGGAGCGUCAUCGCCAAACUACGAAGCUCCACUGCACUCACUGCAGAGUCGUAUUGAGGACCGUCUGGAGCGUUUGGACGAUGCCAUCCACGUACUGCGGAGUCACGCGGUUGGACCUUCGACGGGGAUGAGCAGCGGGCACGGUGACAUGCACAACCUCAUCGGGGCCGCGCACACGCACAACGGCGCAAUGGGCGCUCUGAGCAGCGGGUACGGGACGGGACUGCUGUCGGCCAACAGACACCCACUCAUGGUGGGCCCUCACAGAGAAGACAGCGGCAGCGUGGGCGCUUUGCGUGGCGGUCACUCGAUGGCGGGUCAGGUGCCGGGGCCUCAGCUGCCCGUUCAGUCGGCCACCUCGCCGGACCUCAACCAGCCCGACCCCUACCGCGCCCUGUCCGGAGGUCUUCAGGGCCAAAGCGCCUCCUCCGUCAGCUCGGAGAUCAAGUCUGAGGACGAGGGCGACGAGAACCUAGACUCGAAGACCCUGGACUCCAAGAAAGAUGACCCCGACAACAAGGAUCUCAAAGGAAUUGAUAGCAACAACGACGACGAGGACCUGUCUCCAGAGCAGAAAAUGGAGCGAGAGAGAGAACGGAGGAUGGCCAACAACGCGCGAGAGCGCCUGCGCGUCCGCGACAUCAACGAGGCGUUCAAGGAGCUGGGCAGGAUGGUCCAGCUGCACCUGAAGAGCGAUAAACCUCAGACCAAGUUACUGAUACUGCAUCAGGCUGUGGCCGUCAUCCUCAGUCUGGAGCAACAAGUCCGAGAGAGAAACCUGAACCCCAAAGCGGCCUGCCUGAAGCGCCGCGAGGAGGAGAAGGGCACCGCCACAUCAGAGGGAGCUCUGGCCGCCGCGCACCACGCCGCCGCUGCCAUCAUGGGCGACGGGUCAAACCCCAUGGGACAAAUGUCCAAGGUGCCAGAGUUCAUCAAGAUGAUGAGUGACCACUUCCUCUGACGACGUUUCCAUGACAACCCAGCAUUGAUCAAUCCCGUUGUUGCUUCAGCCUGACCAAUCAGAAUCUCCGGAACUUCAGCCUGACCAAUUAGAUCAGCCUCUCUCUCUCUCCUCUCGUCUGUCGUCUCUGAUCCUCCUCUUCGCCUUCGUCUACUUCUUCUGUCGAGAACAUGAACUGCAGAGUCACAUU